UUACGCAAGUUAGUAGUAAUUCCUAUGAUUCUUCAUCAAAUGGUCCUAUUAAUACAUCCUCCAUUUCACUUUCUUCCCUUUCUUUUAUAAAUGAUGCUGAUGCUUCUACUACUGCAGGAGUAGAUGCUGUUGCCAGAUUAGAAGAAUUUUGA